AUUACUGAUGAUUUUUCAUUUUCUUCUCCUGUUGUUGUUUUCUUGUUAAAUUCUAUUAUAAUCCAAAAUGAAAGGCCUGUAAAUCACCCGCCCAUUCUUAUGCUGAAUUGGUGCUUCCACUCCAAUGCAUUAGGGGGCGGUAAUGCACCUCUUACGCUGAGUCCCACCCGCCAUAAAACAAAGAAGAAGAAUCACUUCCGGGUGUACUUCCGCUAAAGUUGUUCGCCUCGACCGAAAAUAAGACACUAAAAAUGUCUUCGUAACAUUGCAUUUGGUUGAAUUACACGUGUAGAAUAUUUAAAUUCAAGGGAACCCCGGCUCACAAACAGCGGUGGCGUUCAACAUGGCGACGGCCGACGACAUCGCUCAAUUGUGCUACGAGACUUUCAAGGCGCUUCCCCGCAGAGGAAAGCCCGAGCCGGGCAGAGAGUGGACCCUGCUGGCCGCUGUUGUCAAAAUCACCCAAUGUGCUGAUUCUGACACAGUUGAAAGAGAAGUGGUUUCCCUGGGAACUGGGACCAAGUGCAUCGGACAAUCAGCCAUGAGUCCCAAAGGUGAUGUGCUGAAUGACAGCCAUGCGGAAGUCAUCGCGAGAAGAGGGUGCAUCAGGUAUCUAACCCAGCAGCUGCACACAGCGGUGAGCGGGAGGGAAAGCGACGUGUUUUGUCGGGCGGCCGGUCCGGGGAAAUGGAGGCUGCAGCCUGGAGUUUCCUUCAUCUUCUUCACCAGUCACACACCGUGCGGCGACGCCUCCAUCAUCCCCAUGACUGACAGGCAGCCUCAACCGUGUCCAACCAUGAAGAGUGAUCCAGGGAUGGCUGGGGGAAGCGUCAAAAGAAAACCAAAAUCAGGUACAGCGUUGAAAAACUCCAAGCGGCUCUGUCGAGAAGAACGGCAAGCCGACGAGGAAAAACCAAAUGACUCUCAGGACUCUGAAGAAUCCUCACAUGACGGUGAGCCUUCGCCAUCCCCAACCGAGACCCAACCGGAUAUUCACAGAACGGGCGCCAAGUCGGUGCAAGGCGGCCCGGCUGAUCCUCUCCUACCCAGGACAGGCUACCACACGGCAGGAUUGUUGCGUGUCAAACCCGGCCGAGGCGAGCUCACGCUGUCUCUCUCGUGCAGCGACAAGCUGGCCCGUUGGGGCGUGCUGGGCUUCCAGGGUGCCCUGCUGUCCCAUUACCUGGAGGAGGCGCUGUACUUUAGCACGGUGGUGGUCGGGAUGUGCCCCUACAGCCCAGAAUCCAUGCAAAGAGCUUUGUACACAAGAUGUUCCCAUGUAUUGGAUCUCUGCGCUGGUUUCUCAGUGCGUCCACCAGUUUUUCUUCAGUCCAAACUGGAGUUCCCCUUCAGCCAAGCCCAGACUGAGCUCCGGCACACGGCUGGACAAGGACGCAUUACCCCCUGUGGAGCAGCUAUCAGCUGGUGUAAUGUACCUGACCAGCCACUAGAUGUCACUGCUAGCGGCUACAAACAGGGAGUCACCAAGAAGGACCUGGGCACCGCUAAAGCUCGGUCGGCUUUGUGCAAAGUGGAGCUUUUCCAUUCCUUCCUGUCUCUGGUGUCAGCCACCAAAGCUUCAAUGCUUCCUGAUUCUCUCAGGAGGACAGACCUGCACAUGUACUUGGACUACAAGGAAGCAUCUGAAGCCUACCAGCAAGCUUGGCAGCAGCUUCGCAACCAGGCCUUCCCUCUUUGGCCGCGCAGUGACAGAAACCUCUUGCUCUUCCAGUGAAACACAACGCCUAUCAAUGUAUCCUUUGAGACGUGACAGGAAACAAACUCUUGAAGAUGGAGAAGAUAACUUUUUUGGUGUUAAGCUUGGCCUACAUCUACCUGGGGGGGGCGACUAUACAAAACAGGAUAGUUUGAGGUCUGUGACUCGACCUCGGAUAAACACUAAAGCAGGGGUCUCAAACUCAAUUUACUUGGGGGCCACUGGAGCUAGGGUCUGGGUGAGACUGGACCACAUCAGGUUUUCAAAAAAAAAAAAAAAAAACGCGUUUAUUAAACAUUCCACUGUUAUAUAUCUUAAUUUUUAUUUUUCUGCACAAAAUAAGAUGAAAAAUAAACAAAUCAAGAAUAAAGAAAAUCAAUCAAUCAGUAAUAAAUAAAUAUAAUAAUAAUAAUAAUAAAACAGCAAAUAAUAAAAACUUAAGAAAGCACAUAUAGUUGGUGGGUAGACAAAUGAUUUUUUUCAUAUUAAAAUGAACAAAGCAUUAUUAGAGCCCUGUAGACAUGACAAAACACGACUAUAGUCACAUUUAUACUCUUUUUAUUUACAACAUAUUGCGCAACUGCAGGGUCUUGAGACACAUGCUAACUCGCAAACUAGAGAGCUAGCGACCUAAACGGUAGCCUCCAAAUUAUUUCCUUUAAACUUAAAAAAAAGCCAAAAACUUACCACUUCCACACGGAUAGGGAGGAUAACUAUUAACAGUUAUUUAACCUUUAACAUGAACAUGAAUCAAACGUAAUAAUUUUUUCUGGGUACAUGAUACCAUACAGCAUCCGUAUCAAACUUGCGCGGGUCGCACUAACAUUAAACUUUCAUAUCAAGGCGGGGGCCUCAAACUAGUGUCCUGCGGGCCACGUGUUUGAGACCCCUGCACUAAAUGAUUCUAUUUAAGCAUUUCCCCUGUGUAAUGACAAUGGGUAUAAAUGUUGCAGGGACAGAUGAGCUUAUUACUGGUGAUCCCAAACAGGAAAUAGUCCAGUUAGUCCAAUACUGAAAAUAAUCCAGUGCUCAUACACACACACAUUUUUACCUAAAAUAUGCACAAAUGGAGGAAAACCACGUCAACCAAGAAAAAUCCUUUAUUAGCAGCCAUUCUUCUAUGUCUCUGCACAAAGUCGCCAGUGGCUAGUUCCGCUUAUGUUGACACGAGGCAGGCCAGUCUGACCACAGUAUUCUAGCUAUCGGAGCGAAACAUGAACAUAUUAGCUUUGUGUUAUUGGUGGCAAAGCAAGUUAGUGUAAUAUCGUAUAUAGCAUCAAUUCACUGUCAGAAAAAAAUAAAUAAACUGAGGGUCAAAAAUGGCCCCUGCGCCACCUUUUGGACAACCACAAUCACUCAUGUUACCGCCUGUAUUUGAAUUAUGUCCUCCAAGCUACUUUAUUUAUUUAAAAUACCUACAGUGUCUAACAUACAUUUAAUGAGCACACCAAUUAUAAAUAUUGUGAUACUUUGAUAUAUCACCCCGCACCCCCAAAAACAUGAAAACAUAGCCAAACAGCAAAGCAACAUUACUUGAGUAUUAUUGUGUGAACCAGUCAUGCACGUAGUUAGUAACCUUUAUUAUACACAGCAUCCCUAAAGUCAUAUCAUAAGCUGUACACAAUUUAGUUCAAAAUGUUAAUAUUGUUUUAUUCCGUGUGUACACACGUUAGGCACACCUUGCAGUGUGUACACCUUAGUUUCAACAGUAGUACUAGUUUGUGUAUAUUAGCAAGUAUGCAAGCACCUUCACAUUAAAGUAGACUUUUGGACAAAGAAGAAUGAACACUGGUGACUACGGUAUGAUUGCAAUGAACGGGUCAAUAAAUAAAUGUGGUAUCAUCAUGUGUCAUCUUAUUAGACUGUAUGGUUGCAGAGAUACAUAUCGAUGUAAACAAUAACACUGAAGCCACUUGUGUUGCACAUAGGAACACGAUAAUAACGCAUUAAAAAGAAUGAUAACACUGAAGUACGUGACUGUUUGUUGUUGUGGGACCCAUUCAGUAUCAUAUAGUUACUGUUACUUUUAUCGUUUUACUUCUCGUUGUUUGCUAGUAAAGUUACUGUUACUUUUAUCGUUUUACUUCUCGUUGUUUGCUAGUAAAGUUACUGUUACUUUUAUCGUUUUACUUCUCGUUGUUUGCUAGUAAAGUUACUGUUACUUUUAUCGUUUUACUUCUCGUUGUUUGCUAGUGUCAGUGACACGUUCGACGAUGCCACGAGCCGAACAAUCGCCAAACGGCGCCAACCAAAACAGGAAGUUAGUCAGAUUUGAAGCAUUUCCGGGUUAUAUGCUACCUGACUUCAGUUUUUUUAGUGAUAUCAGGAAGUUAGUCAGGGUUGAAGCAUUUCCGGGUUAUGUGCUACCUGACUUCAGUUUUUUAGUGACAGCGGGAAGUUAGUCAGGUUUGAAGCAUUUCCGGGUCAUUUGCUACCUGACUUCAGUUUUUUUUUGUGUGAUAGUUUUUUAUAAAUGAUACUGGAUCCCAGCAGAGUUCUACAGUAAGUCUCUUUGAAUAAAAUACUCCAUAAAUGUCAAGUUUAUACAGGGUUAAUCUGCAGUUUUCUUCUCUCGGUUGAAACGCUCGAGACUCCUAUCCUGACCACGCCUGCUCUUUUGUGAUUGGUCAGGGGUCGAAGGUCAUCUAGUUCUUAAAUCGUAAAAGUACAAUAUAUUGCAGUUUAUUUUAAUACUUUUACUUUUAUCGUUACUAAAGACAUUUUCUGGCAAGGUAUCUUUUAAUCAGUAUGGCUUUCGGCUGCAUGACUAUAGGUAUUGGUAGAUUUGUACAAAUAUCGAUACCGUGGGUAAUAUUAGGAUUGGGUAGAUACUAGCAUGAUGGGAACGGUAUUUUUUAAUUAUCUAUGUUUAUAUUUACAAUUUUUUGGUUUUCUGGUUUAUAUAUAGCUUACAAAUGAUGACGUUAGUCUGACUGCGACGACGAUAAACAAAUCACAGUCGAUCAUAUCCGCAAUACUGGCGCUGUAUUUAC